GUUUGUUUUCUCUCUCUCUCUCUCUCUCUCUGCCAUCAAUGCAGCCUGGAAAGUUGUAGGCGGACUCGGUUGAGACAGAUCAACAGACCGAAGUGGGAACACUUUCUCCAGUGUCAACACAGCCCUUUCCCCAAGUUAACUAGGGCUCCGUGGAUCGAGAUACAUUCAAAAAGUUGCCAAGCCUUGUGCUCAACAUCAGGCAAAACUAUGCAAACUACGCGAGACAAUUGUUCUUUUAAGAAGAAUGGAAAGCCCUUUGCGAAAACAUGGUAACUUCAGAAAGACUGGGGCCUAAGGAUUAUCCCAGGGAAAUGGAGGGAUCGUCGCUGCCUGCUCCCGGGAUCCCGUGUGUGUCAUUUGCAUGCACAGGGGGAAAAAAGCAGGUUUUAUCUUCUGUGAAGGAAAAUUCUAAAUAAGAGUGGGCAAUGGAUUACUCCACUGUGGGGGGUCAGGACUCUGCCCCCCAUUAUUUAGAACCUUCCCAUCUGCAACCAAACGAUGACUCCGACCUCUUCUUUCCCGGCUCAGAGGGUGUUGAUUCCGGGACCGUGACCGCAUAUUUCUCUCGCAUGCCUGAAUCCUACAGGCACUCUCCAGUGCGGCAAUUGUAUCCUAUCCUCAAUGGUUUGCAGUGGGUGGACGGGCACCCUUACAGCACAGCCACAUGGGCCUCCAGUGCUUCUGGGAAACCUCACACUGGACUUCCGAUCUACACCUCGGCAACGUCCUCCUACCAGACCCUCCAAGCCCCUCCCUCGCCCAAGGAUCUCAGCCCUGAGGACAGCAAGGGGAGCCCCAGAUACCUGGAGAUGUUGAAGACGGAACGGAUGAGCCCCACUCACACCGAACUGCUGCCCCUGGGGACUUCGACUGGAGCGGCCCAUAGCCCUUACGCCAUGGGGCAGGAGUAUGGAUAUUUCCAGCCGGUCGGGAGCCCCCUGACAGCUGGAUACUCCCCCAAAAUACGAGGGCCUACACAGCUCUCCCCCACAGAGGCACGUGAGUGUGUGAACUGUGGUGCCACAGCCACACCGCUGUGGCGAAGGGAUGGCACCGGCCACUAUCUCUGUAAUGCCUGCGGGCUCUACCACAAGAUGAAUGGUCAGAACCGGCCUCUCAUCCGGCCCAAGAAGCGCCUGAUUGUCAGCAAGCGAGCUGGAACCCAGUGCAGUAACUGCCAAACGACAACCACCACCCUCUGGCGCCGAAACGCAAAUGGAGAGCCCGUGUGCAACGCCUGCGGUCUCUACUUCAAGCUCCACAAUGUGAAUCGUCCCUUGGCGAUGCGCAAGGAUGGGAUCCAGACACGGAACCGCAAGGUCUCCUCCGCCAAGUCCAAAAAGCGCAAGGGAAAUUCUGGCGAAGCCUCCAUCGCCACAACCGCCCCCUUGGAGAUGAUGCCGCCACCUCUGAUGGGGGAUGAAGCUGCCGCCCUGUACAGUCUCAGCCCCAUGAUGUUGCCGGGACACUUGCUCCCUUUUGGACCCAGUCCACACCUUCUAGGGCCUCCUCCAGGCUUCCCUGCACAGGCGUCUGCUGCCCCACAUAGCUCCCCUGGGAUUGUCUCUGCUUUGGGGUAAAGAGCCUCCCUGUAACAUACAACCCACACAUUCAUGUACAGAGACUCUGGGGCAGAGUUGUGGAGGGAGCAGCAGCUAUCCGCUGAUAACCUUUCGGAGCAGCCCUAUUAACUGCUUGCAGUUUGGUGCCUUUGAAAUGACGGGUAAAAAUAUUUGGUAACAAUAGGAGGUACUAUGAUCUCUCAGCUCAUCCAGGAAGAUAGAGAUAGACCAUGUGUUAAUUCACACAAGCAGCAGACGAGGUGGUGAUAAAAGGGUACGUGUUCCCAUAUUGUACCAUUUCAGAUUGCAGGUGGGGGAAUCGUGUGGUUGGAUGUUUCUACGUCACAAGGGGGCAGAUGGGCAGGCAGACCGAUCACUGCAGUCCGUACAAAAUCCAAGUAGCAGAUGAGGGUUCGGGUUAAGCUGCAACCCUUCUCUUUGACAAUGUCCAGUGCCCAGCCUCAGGGCUGUCUUUGCGAGCGAUCAGAGAAGUCGAAGUGGAAAACUAUUGCUUAUCGAUUGCAUAGUAAAAGCAAUUGUAUUGCACUUUGACCUCACUGAUUGAUCGCAAGGAGAGACCCAAGGCUGGACACUUGACUGUCAGCUACGUAUGGAAAGAUUUUUUAAACACGCACACACACACACACACACACACACACACACACAGAGGUACGUUAUUAUGCAGCCCCCCACCUGCUAUCCAAAGUGGUACAGUCCAGGAGCAGUUCUGCCACCUUGUUACAACACCACAUCUGCUGUUUGUGAACAAGCCAAAGACUGAAUUGAACUGUCCAUCACCACCAUGUCCAGCUUUCUCCAGCCAUCUGUAAAUAACCCCCAUACAUAUCCUCUUCCUUGCUUAUUCUGCAACCCCACCCCUUGGAGUUCAUCUGGGUACUUCCAUCCCCAUGAACAAUCGGCAUCUGUUUGUCCUUUCAGCUAUGCACCCCUUGAGGGAUAAUUCACAUGAGCUGUGUGGGCCUGAUGCUUCCCCCGGCAACAGGUUCCUUGGGGGCAUAGCCGAUGCCACUCGGAUUGCUGAACUGGCCCAUUAUAAGCCAGACCCAGGGAUUUAUGCACUUCUGUCCACCCCAUUUUAGGGAGGCCUGCAAAUGCAAAACUCCUGCUUUAUGCUCGUGAGGAAUUGCAUCUCGCUUAACUCCAUUUGCCACGUGCCUGGUGAGCUGACCCUGCCUUUUUCAGCCAGUCACCAAACCACUGGACACACUCUCUGUCUAUUCCCUGUGUCAAUCCGCCCCAUAUGCUAGGGCAGUGGUGGGGCACGUGUUGCUCUCCACAUUUUGCUGGACUGCAAACUCCCAUCAGCCGUAGCCAGUAUAAUCAAUAGUGAGGGAUGAUGGGACCUGCAAUCCAAAAACAGGAAGGAACAUAGGAAGCUGCCUUACACUGAGUCAAACCCUUGGUCCAUCCAGUCCAGUAUUGUCAACAUUGACUGGCAGCAAUGGGCUUGCCAGGAUUUCAGGCAGCUUUUCCUGCCCUACCUGGGGAGGCCAGGGAUUGAACCUGGGACCUUCUGCAUGCAAAGCAGGGGCUCUUCAACCACUGAGCCAUGAACCCUCCCUGAAGAGCCAAAACGUUCCCCCACCCUAUGAUGGGGGUAGGCAAAUUGCAAUCUGAAGGUUCAGUUCAGCCCCCCGGAUUUUCCCAUCUGGCCCCCUCCCAGUCUCACUUCCAAGGACUGUCCCAGCAUUCUGUAUCUCAACUGCUCUCUCCCAAGUAAGGCAAAACAGUGCCAAAGUUUUUUUUAAUCUGCUGCACCCCUGUGUGAACAUCAACAGAGAUGUUGGAAAAUCCCCCCUUUAUGCAUCUGAGCUACUUAAUCCCAUUUGUCUAUUAAGGGUGUACUUUAUAGCGUUACACACUGUGAGAAAGCUCUGGGGUGCAGUGCUUACCUAGGGUUGACUGCCUUUGGAAAGAGGCCACAAGUCGCUUAUAGCAUUUUGUAAGCUUUUCAUUUAUUUGCAAAUAUACAGGUUGAACAGAGGUAGAGCUCCAAGGAAUUGCCCCAAAUCCUCUGUGUCUGUUCUCAGUCUGCCUCAAACUGCAAUUUGCCAGUCUGUUGUUCGUUUUGUAUCAGACCACACUUGAUUACAUCACCCUUAUUGGGGGUGGGGGAGGGGAGAGGUCAGACCCUUCUCUGAUGGUUCUGUACCAAGAAACAAGGGCCAACUAUUUAGUUUCCAUGGCAACAUAUCACCUUCAAAGAAAACUAGAACCUUGUUGGUCAUGGCUGGUACUAUUAAUCUCGCCAAACCCCAAUUUUAAAAUCACCAAGUUGGAAGAGACCCUGGAGAUUAUCCAGUCCAGUCCAAUCCUGCCCCCGCCCCACGCUCAAAACAAUAUGAUCAGCAAAAUCAGGUUGAAAAGCUCUUUGCCUCCACGGUCUGCAAAGGAAGGGAACCCCAUGUCUGAAUGCUCUCCCAAAGAAUAUACUCCCAACAUAUAAAGGAGAAGACGAAGGCAAGCCAUUUCCCCUGACAUGAAAAAAUGUGCAUGGAGGUUUUAUAUACGCAAGGAGCCCUUUGUCUUGGGGAGCACUUAAACUUGACACCCACCCACACACCCCUGCAUCCUGAAGAAGUUCAGUCCAAGAAAAGCUCUACCACAUGUUUCUGCUGAGUAUAGAAACUAACCUUGUGUCUUGGAUCAAGUAGAGGAGUGAGUGGCUGUGGAGAUAAUAAGGAGGAACCUGCCACGCUGUUCACACUGAAGCAGAAGCACUUAAACUGUUAAAGAGUUCAAGGAGAGUGGCCUGUGUCUUCUUGGUUCCCAUGCUGGAGCCACCAUUGCUCGCCCACCUCUAGCCCUUGCUGAUCGAAAAUAUCCCCCCACCCCUGUUAAAAAAAAUGUAGUCAACGGGCAAUUUUUUCAUGUUCCAUGCCAGGACGAGGGUUGCCCCCUAUCUUGCAUGGUCUACUUUAUUUUUUUAAAUGGUCCACCAAUAAGUUUUAAAUGUACAAAACUCCACGAGACAGCCCUGGGCAGUUGGCAGUUUCACAUAAAAUGAAUAUACCUCUUGUUUUUAAAAAAGUGCCAUACUGGAUCAGAUUGGCAUUAUUUGCAAGGAUCCCGAUUCCCCAUAAUCAGCAAAAACUUGGAGGUCUACCUCAAACUGAUCCACCUGAAAUGAUCUAAUAGUCCACGCGUAGACUGCAUUCAACCUUUGGCCUACUCCUGUUCUAUGCAAUCAUCUCUCCGUUCACCUGUCUUAGAAAGGACAAAAAAUAAUCAUUUGGCCUCUCUCCCACCCAUGUCCUUGCUCUUUCCAUCGCAAUCCAAAUCCAUCCAACCUGCCCAAAUCCCCACCUUGUCUUGCCACCCAGUUCAUACAGCUUCUCCGUGAAUUGAUGCCUUCACUCUCUUCUCUAAAGCACCACAACAGGAAAGAGGAGAACGGGAGAUAUAUGUUACCCUCUAGCACAGGUACUAACUAUACUAUACACCCUCUUGGCUAUGGUCUCUUUAUUGGCUUUAUAAACCAGAUGCUGAGCUUCCAUUGAAGCCCUGUUAUUUGGGGCUGAAAUGUGUUUCAAGGCUGUCAAUAUAUAUAUAUACUACUUCGUGUUAAUAACAGAAAGGUGAGGGGGUGAGUGUCGUUUCUGCAGGUCUCAACUAUGGCAUGACUUGGAAUACAGGGGAAGAGAUCCCUGCACGGAGUGCCUGCUUUCUCAAGUGCCUUCUGAAGAAUUUUGUGUAAUUAAAUGAAUGAAUUAAAUGAAGUCUAAUUGACAUGGGUCACAAUUCAAA